UCGCCGAACGUGGUGCGUUUGUGCACUUGAUUUCUUCGAAAUUGCUGUGGAUUUUUAUUUUAACAUCGGACAAGCUUAAGAGGCACUGACAACCGGAAAUUACAAAAUCCCCAUUCUCGUUGUCUCCGAAAAAUAGCGAAUCGGACGCAAACUAUGAAUCCCGACGAUUAUGAAACGCUACCGACAGACAACGUUGGAACACAUAUGAUAGCAGGAGCGAUUGCCGGGAUAAUGGAGCAUUGCAUAAUGUAUCCCCUAGAUUCGGUGAAAACGAGGAUGCAGUCUUUGACGACUUCGAGCACGGAAGGUAUAGGGGGCACCUUGAUAAAAAUGGUGCGGCAGGAGGGCAUUUUGAGGCCCAUAAGAGGCAUGUCGGCGAUGGUUUUGGGCGCGGGGCCGUCCCACGCUCUUUAUUUUAGUUCUUACGAAUUCCUGAAGGAGACGUUUAAAGAUUAUGUACCAUCUGCCAGGUAUCACACGGCAGUUUACGGGGUUUCCGGCUGUCUGGCGACAUUGUUGCAUGACGGAGUGAUGAACCCCGCAGAAGUGGUCAAACAGAGGAUGCAGAUGUUCAACUCGCCCUACAAGACGGUGCUCAACUGCGUCAACGACGUCUACCGUACCGAAGGCCUGAGGGCGUUCUACAGGUCCUACGUGACGCAACUGACGAUGAACGUGCCAUUCCAGAGUAUCCACUUCAUGGUUUACGAGUUUGGUCAAAAGCUCACCAACGCCGAAAGGAAAUACAACCCACCGGCGCAUAUGCUGAGCGGCGCGGUCGCUGGCGCAUUCGCCGCCGCCAUAACCACGCCCCUCGACGUCUGCAAGACGCUGCUCAAUACCCAGCAGACCGCGCAGGCCAGGGGUCUCGUGCAGGGCAUGAAACUCAUCUACCAGCUCAGGGGACCGGCUGGCUAUUUCAGGGGCCUACAAGCCAGGGUGAUGUACCAAAUGCCGUCGACAGCGAUUUGUUGGUCGACCUACGAGUUUUUCAAGUAUAUUUUGGGCGCGACGCAGGACGUCCGGUUGGCUUCCGCGACGUCCACCGUCCUGGCGGAGGACGGCGACGCUAAGGGGGAUCACGCUCAAGCGCAUAGCGAGAAAUCGACCCACAAGACGCGGGACACCUCGCCCAGGGAGUUGCCUGCGAUGUCGGGGGCGGGUCUAUACGGGUCCAUAUCGUUUAACACGAUGCACAAAGCCGACUACAGGCAGAAAGACUCGGUGCUGGACAUCAUCCGUACCUAGUUGCGCGAUACGUCGCCACACGAUGUAAGUAUUACCUUGUUACACCGACGACGACUACGACGACUACGAAGGAGGAGGGGCUACCGACGUUCUUUAAAAAUGGCAAAAUGGCGGGCUUCCGGUCGUCGUCCGUGCGUGUAACGUCGCGAGACAAUACCAGAGCACUCGCCAGCGGUGCGAAAAAAAAAAGACGAACAUAAAAAAGACUCCGAACAUAUUGUAAAUAGUCGUCGUGAACGGGAGGGCCAUCAGAUGGCGCCUUUUUUUGUAAAAACGUAGGGAAAAGUGUUCCACGCUGUAAAUUAUUUAGGUUAGAAAUUAAAGUGACGGUGACGACCGCGGCAGAGGAUUUGGAUUAUUUCCCCGCGCCCGCCCGCCCGCAAAGAAUUCAUCACGCGUCGCCGCCAUGUUGUUUCCUCAUAUUGUUUUGUACGUUCCCGAGGGUGAUUUUGACUCGAUUGAGAUUCUAUUCGAAAUUAUUUUUGCCUAUGGCGUUCCGCCGGAAUUGUUACUUCGCGAUUUCUCGGUCCCCCUCGCCUCAGUCGAACUAGGUUGACAUGUAUGACGUGCGCGUAAAAGUUUAUUUUGCUUUUCAUGUUUAUAAUUAAAAUGUUCCAUGUAUAACUAGUGCUCAAAAGAAACGAUUAUUCAUAUAGAAGGUGUUAUCUCAGUUUUUGUACUCGUAAUAUUAUGUACCGGGUCGCCAAUUAAGAAAGUUUAAGGAAUUAAGAAGUAGUUGAAAGAAAUAAACAAUACAAAAUGCGCUUAAUUGGCACAAACACUAUCCAAAAAUUUGGGAACCAUUUAUCAUUGAUGAAAUGCAAUAUACAAAGAACAAAACAUUUACAAAAAUUCUAAAAAAACAAGCAGGGCAGUUAUGGCUUGCACUAGUUACAGGUGAAGAUCAACAGGUCAUUUUCAUCCACACCAGGACAGGAUUUGUGAGACCACUUUUAAAAUACACAGCAUGCGAUCCACCCUUCGAUGGACUGUAAACAACAGUAUCCACAAUAUAGUGGCGUAUCGCCGUUUUAGCAUUUAUCUUAUUAUUAACAUUGGUUGGUUUUUGUUUUGUGAUUUCUUAAUCUCUUGUAUGAAUGUGUUCGAAACUGUUUUCCAAAUCCCGACAAACUCUCUUUGCUGGAUGAUAUAAUCUUUAAUUUUUAUGAUCAAGUGGUAAAUGGGGUUCCACUUGACGUGAUCUUACUCAAUAAUAAAUCUUAUUUUUUGUAAAGUUGUCUUUGUCAACCUAGUUUGAUUUGAUUUGAUCCUUGACGUGCUGAAAAUUCCUUUGCCUUAACUAUUGCAUUGCAGUUUUUCUCCAAACACUCGUACAUAUAUUGUGAUUGAUCUUGAGGAACAGUUUUCGAGAUUAUGCACUUUUUUGUAUGUUUAUUUAACCUAGACACGCAACACCCAUUAUUAAAACAAAAUUGCCCAUUAAAAACUUCAUAAAAUGCUUUUAAAAAUGAAACAUAACGCCCACCAAUUAAAUCAAAAUUUUUGGCGCUGUAAUCGGCUGCCUUACAAUGAGUGCUCGGGUACUAAAAGUUCCCUCACUAGUCUUCCAUGUAUUAAUUAGAUUUCCGGAGUUGUUUUCUCAACGAUUGUGUUCGGUAUUCGCCAUUCGCAUUUCGAAAGACAAAGAUGUAUUUAUAUUUUCAUAGAAGCAUGUUUUUUUUUUU